CAGUUGAGUGUAAUUCCCACUUCCAUGCCGGAUUUCUAAAACAGGGGGGCAGGCUGGCAACUAGACUAGAUGACAACACCGGAUUGAGGAAAUUGACGAGGGCAAACCAUGUGGGGAAAAAACAAACUUGUUUUAAAGCCGAUAUAACCAUGCAACCUCAUGUAUUAAGUCACUCCGUCCAAGCAGCGACGUCGUCAGCCCAGAACAGCUCUUCCCAAUAUUCAAGGCGCACCUUGCUAAUCUUAUCCAAAGAUGUAUUUUCUCCUUUUCACAGUAUUCUCCAUAUUCAUAGUGCGUAAUGUUGACGCUUGGGGAGCAAGUGUCAAGUACGCAGUGAACUGCCCGGAGCGGUGCAAUGUGGACCUGUGCGGCUUGACGCAGCGCUGCAGACGGACAGUGCUGGAUGACUGCGGUUGUUGCCAGGUCUGUGCGGCAGACAGAGGGGAACACUGCUACCGCACUGUGUCUGGGAUGCACGGAGUCAAAUGCGGACCGGGAUUAUUCUGCGAGUUCUACAAAGAUGAGGACGACUAUGGAGAUGAAUAUGGCAUUUGCAAAGAUUGCAUGUAUGGAACAUAUGGGGUGGAGUGUCGUAAAACAUGCCAUUGCAAAGCUGGAGGUAUCUGUGACAGAGAGACAGGAGCCUGCCUCACCUUCAAAUUCUUCACCAAAAUCGCCAGCAAGCUGAAGACACAGCACCCCAACGCAGGAAGUGAGCUUGGUUCAGGAGAUGACAGCACCGGUCUGAAUGGGGAAAGAUCCACUGCUCCAAAGUGGUUAACACCUCGCUGACACUCAUUAUCAAGACUUAGUUUAUUCUGUGUAAAUGUAGAAAGCAUAGUAGUAAAUUAAAUGAUUGAAGGAUAUAUUUUAUUAUGUAUUAUUAAGAAAACACAUUUUCUACAAGAUUAUUGAAUGUUUUGAACAUCUCUGUUGUGGUGUUUCUGUUUUAUACCAGUGCCCCAUCAUGUCUUAAGAGUUGUGUUGUACCAAACAAAGGGAGGUAAAAUGUACCAAAGUUAAAAUAUAUGUUAAUUCUACUUUUAUGCAAAGUAUGAAUAUAUCCAGAAUGUCUAUGAUGACCUCUAUCAUGAGCUAGCAAUCUAUCCAUACUGUAUUCACUGCUCCGUAAUUGAGAGAAUUUGGUUUAAUGAAAUGUUGUGCUCAUAUGAUAUGACCCCCAGGGACAUGGAAACAUAAUCUCGUCCUUUUCUUCUAGAAGUAUCAACUGUGAUCUGCGCUUUCAAUAGUUUGUUUGUUUGAUCGAUUGAUUGUUCUUUACUGAGAAUCUCUUAUUUUUCUUUCACCUGUGACCACAUGGAACACUAUAUAUAUAUAUAUAUAUAUGUAUGUCAUAUCACCUGCCAAUGUACAGUAUGGUCUUACAAAUAAACCAAAGUUGAC